AUGUAUCGUGUUACAUGGGGAUUACAAUAUGUCAAUCUUUUCAUGAUUAACUGUGGCUUCAUCAUCCUUGCCGGUUCCGCCUUAAAGUGUCAUGAAACUGCCACACUUUAUAGCCAUGGCGGGAGCAGCAGCGGUCUUGUUUUCGCAUUCAACACAGGAAUGCUCCCUGAAAUACAGGCCACAGUGAAGCAACCAGUGGUUAAAAACAUGAUGAAGGCUCUGUAUCUUCAGUUCACUGCUGGUGCAUUACCUUUGUAUGUCGUUACAUUCAUUGGUUAUUGGGCUUACGGGUCCUCCACAUCGACCUAUCUGAUGAACAAUGUCACUGGACCUCUCUGGGUCAAAGCUCUCGCUAACAUCUCAGCUUUUCUUCAGUCCGUUAUCUCUUUGCACACAUUUUCGCAAGUCCAACUUAUGAGUUUAUGGAUACAAAAUAUGGAACCAAAGGAAUUAAGUCCAUUAACGUUGAAGAAUCUGCUGUUUAGAACACUAGCAAGAGGAAGCUACAUUGCUGUGAGCACUCUUCUCUCUGCGCUUUUACCGUUUCUUGGAGAUUUCAUGAGCCUCACGGGAGCGAUAAGCACGUUCCCUCUGACGUUUAUAUUAGCAAAUCACAUGUAUCUUGUAGCCAUGAACAGUGAGCUUAGUGCUGUACAAAAGCUAUGGCAUUGGCUUAAUGUUUGCUUCUUUGGGCUAAUGUCUCUUGCGGCUGCUAUUGCUGCUGUUAGACUCAUCUCCGUUGACUCCAAGAACUUUCAUGUCUUUGCUGAUGUUUGA